AUGCCGGUUUUCCAUACCAAGACCAUAGAGAGUAUUCUGGAGCCAGUGGCUCAGCAGAUAUCCCAUCUGGUCAUCAUGCACGAGGAGGGCGAAGUUGACGGCAAAGCGAUUCCUGAUCUCACGGGUCCCGUGGCUGCGGUGCAGGCGGCGGUCAGCAAUCUUGUGCGGGUGGGAAAAGACACGGUCCAGACAACGGAGGACCAGAUAAUGAAGAGAGACAUGCCCCCGGCCUUCAUUAAGGUGGAGAAUUCUUGUGCCAAACUGGUUGAGGCAGCUCAGAUGUUGAAGGCAGACCCGUAUUCAGUUCCUGCGCGGGAUUACCUCAUUGACGGGUCGCGCGGUAUUCUCUCAGGCACGUCAGACCUGCUGCUCAGUUUCGAUGAGGCCGAGGUUCGUAAGAUUAUUCGUGUGUGUAAAGGUAUUCUGGAGUACCUGACGGUGGCAGAGGUGGUGGAGACGAUGGAGGACCUGAUCACGUACACAAAAAACCUGGGACCAGGGAUGACAAAGAUGGCCAAGAUGAUUGACGAGCGGCAGCAGGAGCUGACGCACCAGGAGCAUCGCGUGAUGCUGGUCAACUCCAUGAACACAGUUAAGGAGCUUCUGCCUGUGCUCAUAUCAGCCAUUAAAAUCUUUGUGACAACCAAGUGUACGAAGAGCCCAGGUGUGGAGGAGGCACUAAAGAACCGGAACUUCACGUUUGAGAAGAUGAGCGCUGAGAUUACCGAGAUCAUCCGUGUCCUCCAGCUCACGUCCUGGGACGAAGACUCCUGGGCCAACAAAGACACAGAGGCCAUGAGGAGGGCACUGGCUCUGAUUGAGGCAAAGCUUGCCCAGGCUAAAGGCUGGCUCAGAAACCCCAAUGGGCUUCCAGGGGAGGCCGGUGAACAUGCCCUGCGGCAGAUUCUCGAUGAGGCUGGAAAAGUUGGGGAGCUGUGUGCUGGGAAAGAAAGGAGAGAAAUCCUGGGGACGACCAAGACCCUGGGCCAGAUGACAGACCAGGUGUCAGACGUGCGUGCCAGAGGCCAGGGACCAACACCCAUGGGGAUGCAGAAGGCCCAGCAGGUGGCUCAGGGCCUGGACAUUCUGGUGGGGAAAGUUGAGAAUGCCGCUCGCAAGCUGGAGGCCCUGACCAAUGCCAGGCUGGCCAUUGCCAAGAGGAUCGAUGCUGCGCAGAGCUGGCUGGCCGACCCCAACGGGGGCCCGGAGGGAGAGGAGAACAUUCGUGCCCUCCUGGCCGAAGCCAAGCGCAUUGCUGACCUGUGCGAGGACCCCAAAGACCGUGACGACAUUCUGCGCUCAGUCGCCGAAAUCGCAGGCCUAACGGCCAAACUGGUGGAGCUUCGCCAACAGGGUAAAGGUGAUACACCUGAAGCCAGGGCUUUGGCUAAACAGAUAGCCACAGCUCUGCAGAACCUCCAGGCCAAGACAAACCGGGCUGUGGCCAACAUGCGGCCUGCCAAAGCCGCUGUCACACUGGAGGGCAAGAUGGAGCAGGCUCUGCGCUGGAUCAGUAACCCCAGUGCAGACGACCGUGGAGUGGGCCAGGCUGCCAUCCGGGGGCUGAUCGCAGAGGGCCGCAGACUGGCCAGCUCUCUGCCGGGUCCCUACAGACAGGAGCUCCUGGCCAAAUGUGACCGCGUGGAGCAGCUGAUGAUGCAGCUGGCCGACCUGGCCGCACGUGGAGAGGGAGACAGUCCGCAGGCGCGGGCUGUGGCUGCUCAGCUCCUGGAGGCCCUUAAAGAUCUGAAAGCGAAGAUGCAGGAGGCCAUGACCCAGGAGGUGUCUGAUGUCUUCAGUGACACCACUACUCCUAUCAAACUCCUUGCUGUGGCAGCUACAGCUCCCCUAGAAGCCCCCAACAGAGAGGAGGUAUUUGAGGAAAGAGCUACUAAUUUUGAAAACCAUGCCAACAGAUUGGGCACCACAGCUGAGAAGGCGGCUGCGGUGGGCACGGCCAAUAAAAGCGCUGUGGAGGGCAUCCAUGCUGCAGUGAGAUCUGCCAGAGAAUUAACACCACAGGUGACAUCUGCUGCACGGAUUCUACUGAGGAACCCUGGAAACCAAGCAGCACAUGAACAUUUUGAGACUAUGAAAAAUCAGUGGAUUGACAAUAUUGAAAAAAUGACAGGUCUGGUAGAUGAGGCAAUAGACACCAAAUCUCUCCUGGACGCCUCAGAGGAGGCGAUAAAGAAAGACAUAGACAAGUGUCGUGUGGCUAUGGCUAAUGUCCAACCCCAAAUGUUGGUGGCUGGGGCUACUAGCAUUGCCCGACGGGCUAACAGGGUCCUACUGGUAGCCAAAAGAGAGGUGGAGAACUCGGAAGACCCCAAAUUCAGGGAGAUGGUGAAGGCAGCGUCAGACGAACUGAGCAGGACAAUCUCUCCCAUGGUCAUGGAUGCAAAGGCUGUCGCAGGAAACAUCCAGGAUCCAGGUCUGCAGAAAAGCUUCCUGGACUCGGCAUAUAGAAUUCUCGGUGCUGUUGGGAAGGUCCGUGAAGCAUUCCAGCCUCAGGAACUAGACUUCCCACCGCCUCCUCCAGAUCUGGACCAGCUGCACGUCAAUGAUGAGCAGGCUCCUCCUAAGCCUCCACUCCCUGAGGGAGAGGUGCCGCCCCCUAGACCUCCUCCACCUGAGGAGAAAGAUGAGGAGUUCCCAGAGCAGAAGGCGGGGGAGAUGGUGAGCGAACCAAUGAUGGUGGCUGCCAGACAACUCCAUGACGAAGCUCGUAAAUGGUCCAGCAAGCCCGAUGUGACAGACGAGGGUUUUGAAGCCGCUGAGGCGGACGUAGAUAUAGACGAUGAGGACGAGUUCACAGACAACGAGGAUGAUUACGAGCCUGAGCUGCUCUUAAUGCCGUCCAAUCAGCCUGUAAACCAGCCCAUUCUGGCUGCCGCGCAGUCUUUACACCAGGAGGCCCGCAAAUGGUCCAGUAAGGGUAACGACAUCAUCGCGGCUGCCAAGCGCAUGGCCUUACUGAUGGCUGAAAUGUCCCGUCUGGUGCGUGGUGGCAGCGGGAACAAACGUGCCCUCAUCCAGUGUGCCAAGGACAUCGCCAAGGCCUCGGAUGAGGUCACACGAUUAGCCAAAGAAGUGGCCAAACAGUGCACUGACAAGCGGAUCCGUACAAACCUGCUUCAGGUGUGUGAGCGAAUCCCGACCAUCAGCACACAGCUGAAGAUUCUGUCCACGGUCAAGGCCACCAUGCUGGGCCGAACCAACAUCAGUGAGGAGGAAUCCGAGCAGGCAACUGAGAUGCUGGUCCACAACGCCCAGAAUCUGAUGCAGUCAGUGAAGGAGACUGUGAGAGAGGCAGAGGCUGCUUCCAUUAAGAUCCGCACAGACGCAGGCUUUACUCUCCGCUGGGUCCGAAAGACGCCCUGGUACCAGUAA